AUUUCAGCUUCCGCCAUGAAUUGAACUUGGACUGUCAACAUACAACCCAAAACAUAGCGCAAAAAUGGCCGGAAAUGUCGGUAUGGAGCAGCUUAUUCCCAUUGUGAAUAGGCUGCAAGAUGCCUUCGCAUCCCUGGGCCUUCCACUUUCCUUGGAUCUACCCCAAAUUGCUGUAGUCGGUAGUCAGAGUGCAGGGAAAAGUUCAGUGUUAGAAAAUUUCGUGGGCAGAGAUUUUCUACCCAGAGGGUCUGGUAUUGUGACUAGGCGACCAUUGGUGUUACAACUCAUCAACAGUAACACAGAAUAUGCAGAAUUUCUCCACAAGAAAGGAACAGUGUUCACAGAUUUUACUGAUGUACGGAAAGAAAUCGAAGCAGAGACUGACAGAGUAACGGGGCACAACAAGGGGAUUUCUAAUAUCCCCAUCAACCUCAGGGUCUACUCCCCUCAUGUUUUGAACUUGACCCUGAUUGACUUGCCGGGUAUGACCCGUGUUGCUAUUGGUGACCAGCCACCAGACAUAGAAAUGCAGAUCAGGUCCAUGCUUCUAGAGUUCAUCACCAAGGAGAGCUGUCUAAUUCUAGCUGUCUCCCCUGCUAACACAGAUUUGGCCAACUCAGAUGCUCUAAAAAUAGCAAAAGAAGUAGACCCACAAGGACUGCGGACAAUUGGUGUGAUAACCAAGCUAGAUUUAAUGGACAAAGGGACAGAUGCCAGAGACAUUUUAGAGAACAAGACAUUACCGUUAAGGCGAGGUUAUGUUGGAGUGGUAAACAGAAGUCAACAAGACAUUGAUGGAAGAAAAGACAUCAGACAGGCUCUGGCAGGAGAACGCAAAUUUUUCCUCAGUCACCCAUCUUACAGACACAUGGCUGACAGGAUGGGAACCCCAUACCUACAAAGAGUCCUUAAUCAGCAACUAACCAAUCAUAUUAGAGAUGUUUUGCCAAACUUAAGGAACAAGCUACAGAGUCAGCUUCUAAGUAUGGAGAAAGAUGUCCAGGAAUUCAAAAACUACCAGCCGGAUGAUCCAUCCAGAAAAACAAAAGCAAUGAUGCAAAUGAUUCAGCAGUUUAAUGUUGAUUUUGAUAAAAGUAUAGAAGGUUCUGGAACAGAGAUUAACACAAGAGAACUGUCAGGGGGAGCUAAAAUAAACAGGAUAUUUCACGAACGCUUUCCGUUUGAAUUGGUUAAGAUUGAAUUUGAUGAACGUGAACUCAGGAAGGAAAUUAGUAUAGCCAUUCGUAACAUCCAUGCUAUUCGAACAGGUCUAUUCACUCCAGAUAAAGCCUUUGAAGCUAUUGUUAAAGAAUACAUAAGGAAACUAAAAGAACCUUCAUUGAAAGCUAUAGACAUGGUGGUUACAGAAUUAACAAAAGUUGUGCAUAAGUGUACAGAAAAGAUGAGCAGGUAUCCACGACUACGGGACCAGACAGAGAGUAUAGUAAACAACAGAAUCAGGGAGCAGGAAAUGAAGGCCAAGGAACAGCUCAAGUUACACGUAGAAUUCGAGCUCGCCUACAUUAACACCAACCACGAGGACUUUAUAGGAUUUGCUAAUGCCCAUAACAAAGCCGAAAAUAAAGAACGGAAAAAAGUUGGCAAUCAGGUGAUAAGAAAGGGCUAUUUAACUCUACAUAAUAUCAGCUUCAUGAAGGGUGGAUCCAAGGAUUUCUGGUUCGUCCUGACCGCUGAAAGCAUUUCCUGGUUCAAGGAUGAGGAGGAAAAAGAGAAGAAAUAUGUUAUGAGCUUGGACGGCCUUUUAGUACGAGAUAUACCUGACUCGGGCUUUAUGACUAAAAGAAAGUCAUUCGCAAUCUUUAACCAAGACAACAGGAAUGUAUACAAGGAUUACAAACAGCUGGAACUAUCAGCUGAAAACCAAGAGGAAGUGGACAGUUGGAAAGCUUCUCUCCUCAGGGCAGGGGUUUACCCUGACCGAUCACAGAAUGAGGACGACAAAAAGAAUAAGGAAGAUGUGGGCUCUAUGGAUCCACAGCUGGAACGGCAAGUAGAAACCAUUAGAAAUCUGGUGGAGUCCUACAUGAAAAUUGUCAACAAAAACCAGAGAGAUCAUGUCCCAAAAUGCAUCAUGCACAUCAUUGUCAAUGAGAUAAAAGAAUUCAUUGGAGGAGAACUGCUGGCUCAUUUAUACUCAAGUCCCGAACAAAGUUCUAUGAUGGAAGAGUCUGCUGAGGAAGCUCAAAGGAGGGAGGAACUCCUCCGCAUGUAUCAUGUGACUAAAGAGGCCCUGAGCAUCAUAGGGGACAUCUCCAUGAGCACGUCCUCCACCCCUGUGCCCCCACCUGUGGAUGAUGAUUGGCUGAAAGUUGACCAAUCAAUGCAAAAUGGUAGACCCAAUUCAAGGCCAUCCUCUCCCAAGCCAGGAAGAGCCCCUCCCCCACCACUUCCUAAUCGCCCGGGCAGUGCCCCUCCUCAGAAUAUGCCCGCAAGGGCAGCACCAAACAUUCCAUCCAGGCCAGCUCCAACAGCCCCUGGAUUCAGUGCAUCUAAUGCAGCAGCAGUGGCCAACAUGAUGGGAGCCAAUGUCCCUCCAAUUCCAGCGAAAUAUGAUGUGAAUAUAGACCGGAAAACGGCACAAAAAGGCUGGAAUGUUGGCCAAGCAGUUGGAAGUGCAUAUAUGCGCAAUCGCCCAGGACCGGGGGGAAAUAUUCCAAAAAUUCCAGACCGACCAUCCAUCCCUUCAAGACCAAACAUGAAUUGAGAGGACUGGAUCAAAAGUGGCAACAGAGGGGUGUAAUUCUUUGAGCAGAUGAAAAAUUAAGUACAUUUAUGCAAAAAAAAUUGUGUAUUUCAUAUUUGAUAUUAGUGAGUUCCAAUUAAAAAAAAAAGAGUGAAUACAAUGAAAAUAAAUAAAUAUUAUAUCAGUAAGUCCAGUCAUCAGCAGGCUGAUGACAUUUCCUAAUUCUUCCACGUAAUGAAACGAACUGUUUUUUAUACAAGAGAAAAAAAAAACAAAACUGGAACACAUGUAAGUCAAAGUCACAAGAACAUAGUUCAGGAGCAAUGCAGAAUCAGGUGGAAUCCUACAAGAAUCCAGGAUUUGUUUUUGCUUCAGCCAAAAUUUCAAAAUGGAAAUUGUCUCAAGAUGGUUUGUGCAUAUAAAUCUAUGUAUGACUUAUUGCUGGUAAGAUUUCUGGAUAUUGACUGUCUUUAUGACAAGAUGUAAAGCCUGUAGAAAUUAUAGAGAAAAUCUCCAGAUUUAAUGUUAGUAAUGUCCAGUACCAAAAUCUGUGUGAUGUUGUAAGAUAUGUGCAUAUUUUAGGAAAAAGCAGUAUUUUACAGUAGAUUCUGAAAUUGUAAUAGCUGUUGUAAAGUUUAUAAUACAUAAUACAUUUAUUAAUAGUUGAUUAACAUUGGUAUGUAAUCAUAGAACUGCAAGAAGAAUAUAAAUUGUCUGGGAUUAAAUGCACAUGCUUGUAUUUUUAAUGGUGGGAAUAUUUAAACAGGAAAUUUGAAAUGUAAUGCUUACUACUGUACUUGAUUUUUGAAUAAUGGUUAUUAGAUUUAAUUUGAAAAUUAAUGUUCUGUUUGAGAAGAGAUAGAAUUCUAUUUAUAAAACGGUCUGAAUUUGAAGUGCUACAGAGGUUAUAUAGGACAGAUGUACUGUAUUUAAAUGUGUAUAGAUCGUUGUACAGAAUCAAAGUGUGUACAUAAUAUUGUACAUUGUAUAAUAUGUAGAUAGUAUCUUGUUACCAUGGUUACUGUUUAUAUUAUGUUUGUACUAUGUGAUGAUUUGUGCAAUCUUGUUUUACUUUUCAAUUCUUGGGAACUUUUUUUUACUAGACCAGCCAUCAGAAGGUUAUAAGUUUGAAUUUGAAUGAAAAAGAGAUUGUCUGAGUUUCUGUUUUACACGAAGGACAAAAAAAUAUGCAAAGAAAUUGAUCAGUAAUUUUUUUGCACCUGUCAAAUAAAUUUCAUGUGUAUACAUUUACAUGGACAAACUAUAUGUAAUUCAUUACAUGCAUUUUGUUCACUUUGCCAAUAUUGGGCCAUCCAAAAUAAAUGUUUGAAUAGAAAGUCUGAAGAGGAGAUGGUCAUACAUGUAUUAUGAAUUGAUUACAAUGUUAAAAAUUUUUCAAACUUGUUUACAUACUGUACAUGUACUUGUAAAACAUUUUAAAAACCCUCUCAUCUUAAAAUCCAGUUUUUUUGCAAGUAUGUCUUUUUUCAUAGACAUAUAUCUGAUAGUAAAAAUUCCUCUCUCCUUCCUCUAAGGUUAAAUUAAAGAAAUAUAGAAUUUUAUUUAUUUUGGAUGGCAUUAUGAAAGACAUCCACAAGUAAUAUUUAAACUUCCUCAUGCAUUAAACCUUGUCGAGCAAAAUUCAAAACUACUAUAAAUAAUAAUAAACUUUAUCACAUUUCUUUGAGAUAUUUUUACAAGUUUACAGUAUAGACUUAAUAAAGUCAUUUUUGUAGCAUUUAUAGAUUAUAUUCUAAUUAGCUGUUAAAUCAUGCAUUAUCUAAAAUGACACUCUAGAGAUAUUCAUGUCCACAUUCUGAGUAUGCAGUGAGAGUAGUGAAUGUUUGUAAUUGUGUGUUAGAACUAGACAAUGUCUGGUAGAUAACAAAAUACAUGUAUGUUGUAAUAUGGAUUUAUAUGUCAUCCUAUUAAUUAAAAAAAGGGGGGGGGAUUUUUUUGGAUGUUUUUAAUUAGUCAGAGUUAAUGGACAGAGAAUGUGAGAUUAAUUUUAUUGCCAUAACAGGUUGAUGUUCAGUCCUUUAUAAGAUCUUGAAAACCACUUCUGCUUAUAGCUACAAAAUGUAACCAAUUUAGAGGUCGUUUGGUUGAGAUCAGUCACAUCAUUUAAGUUCAUGUAUUAUAAAACAUAAUAAAUUAAAGUGAUAACACAUGA